CCGCCCAGCGGGAGGAGCAGCUCUGGGGGCCGCCCCGAUCUCGCGCGUGCGGCCGUAGCGUCUCCGCGUUCGGCCCCGCCCCGCCCUGGCCCCGCCUCCUUCCUGGCGUGAGCCGCUUCCUGACGCGAUUCCCCUCCCUCUCUGGGUACGCGCAGGGAGUCGGGCCCCGGGUCGCCACCGCCAGAUCCACCUCGGCGGCUGCCGCCGCGUUGAUUCCCCACCCCGCCAUGGCCGAGGACCUCUCCGCGGCCACUUCCUACACCGAAGAUGAUUUCUACUGCCCCGUCUGUCAGGAGGUGCUCAAAACGCCCGUGCGGACCUCGGCCUGUCAGCACGUUUUCUGUAGAAAAUGUUUCCUGACUGCAAUGAGAGAAAGUGGAAUACAUUGUCCUCUCUGUCGUGGAAAUGUGACUAGAAGAGAGAGAGCAUGUCCUGAACGCGCCUUAGACCUUGAAAAUAUCAUGAGGAAGUUUUCUGGUAGCUGCAGAUGCUGUGCAAAACAGAUUAAAUUCUAUCGCAUGAGACAUCAUUACAAAUCUUGUAAGAAGUAUCAAGAUGAAUAUGGUGUUUCUGCAGUCAUUCCAAACUUUCAGAUCUCUCAAGAUUCAGUAGGGAACAGGAGUGAAACAUCCACAUCUGAUAACAUAGAAACUUAUCAAGAGAAUACAAGUUCUUCUGGGCAUCCCACCUUUAAGUGUCCAUUGUGUCAAGAAUCAAAUUUUACUAGACAGCGUUUACUGGAUCACUGUAACAGUAAUCACGUAUUUCAGAUAGUUCCUGUGACGUGUCCUAUUUGUGUGUCUCUUCCUUGGGGAGAUCCUAGCCAGAUUACUAGAAAUUUCGUUAGUCAUCUAAAUCAAAGACAUCAGUUUGAUUAUGGAGAAUUUGUGAACCUUCAGCUAGAUGAGGAAACCCAAUAUCAAACUGCUGUUGAAGAAUCGUUUCAAGUAAACAUCUGAAGGCUGUAGCCAUCUCUGCAUCUUUGUACCUGCAAGUGCCAUCUUUAAGGAGAAAAACUACAUGAAGUCAUCUUUUCAAUAACUUGACAUGUAUAUUAAUAAAAGCAAUUCAGUCUACUGUUUUAGUUUUUAAUUGAAAAAUAAAGGUGGGUUAUCUAAAAAAUUUCAUCCUCUUGAUAAGUGAAAGUUAGGACAUUAAAAGCAUUAAAAGGAUUAUAUUUCAUUAAUGAAAGGGAAUCUCUGUUAUACUUUUAUCUUUUUUAUAAUACAUAUUCUUUAAUUUUUCCAUAUGUUGCUUUUGAAAUUUGGUGCAGUUUCUUCCAUUAAUGUUGUUAUACACAGGUAACACAGUAGCAAAAUCUAAAUGAUCUGAUUGAUAUAAACCUAACAAAUCUGAGCCAGUUAUCAGAGUGCAGAAUGGAGACUUGAAGUGCUAAAUAAAGCAAUCCAAAGGAAACUUUUAAAACAUUCUAGCUGAAGAAUUGAACUAUGAGAAUGCGGUAUUAUAUAACAUUUAGUAUUCUUGAAGACUACGGGGAUUUCUUUAAUAAUUUGAACUGUUUAAAAAUUAAAAGCUCAAUGUAAGGAUAUUUCCUGUUUUUGCUAUUAAAAGGAACUAUCAAGACAAAAAUUUCCUUCUUUUGUGGCAGUUGGUAAUUUCAAAUCUUGUUUGUUUUGCUGACUAAUUUGUAAGCCUACAUUAUAUUAAGAUGAAUUACAGCUUUUUGGCCUCAAAAGUUUCAAUAGCUUUGAUGAGCUAAGAUGAAACUUUUGCUAGAAACUUUCAGUUGGGUAUUCUACAUAUAUAUUUAAUUGAGAAGUUUGGCUUCAUCUCAGUUGAGAAAUUCAGUCAAAGCUAAAGGUAUAUGUAUAUGCACAUACUCUUUUGUAGGUGUAUAUGCGCAUGCAUGCAGUUUGUCAGGUUAUAUACAGAAUUUCUAUUAAGAUUUUAAAAAUUGAUAAGUAAUAUGGGAUUGAAGUGUUUUUCUGAUUUGAUUAAAAUUUUGUAUAUGUUAGUCAAAUGUUAAGUUGGCUGCUGUUACACCUUAAAAAUUGAGUUUACACACAAUUACUGUUUAUAUGGUGCUCAUUUGUUCUCAAAGAUAAUACAUGACUAUGAAGUAGACACUUUCUACCAGCCACUCUAUUUCACUGCUGUUUAGUCGAACUGGGUUUGUUCUUAGCAUUCCUUAAUAAGAAUCAUAAAAUAAGUUGUACUAGAAGGCCCAAUCACAGAGUAAAAGAUGGAUUAGUUGACAUUCCAUACUAAUAUACAUUGUUUAUGCUUUCUUUAAAAUAACUUAAAAUUAAAAAAUCUCCGAAGUAGUUUGCUGCUAAUAUAUACAUAUAUUGUAUAAAAAGGUAUAUUUUGGUUUUGUUAAAACCCUUGUUGACUUUUCUACAGUGAACACUUUUUUAACUUGAUUUAAUAAAAACAUUAAUUUUGGAAGUGGAGUUUUGUAAAAACCUUUUUUAGUCAAACAGUAAUAACUUUAUUUAUGGGUUGUAAUAACAAUUACCAAAAAAGCCAUACAUCUUAAUGAGCAAAUGCCUUUGUUUUGUCAUUCAAGAGUGAUGUUUACUACGUGCUUGAACAUUUUCUCUGCAGUUACAUGAGUGUAAUUGUAAGAUUAGCUAUUUAAGGAACUCUUUAAAAAGAGACUUUGACCAUAGAAUUUUCCAGUUUAAAGCAAUAACCUUAAUAAUUUCUUUCAAAGUUUAAUACUUCCAGUAUGUCAAGUUAAACUAUUUUGGGAUGUAAGAACUUGAGGAAGAUUAUAGUAAGAGAUCAUCUUGAUGAAUUUGUGUUUUGAAGUUUUGUGAAUUAAAUAUCAUUAAUAGUCUUGUAUGUGUUUCAUAUAAGCUUUUUUCAUAAAGAAAAUAUUGAUUUUGUUUGCUAUAUCUGGGAACUCCUUAGUAUGGAAAUGUUUGUUUAAAAUUUCCCCUCCUUCUGUCAGUGGAUUAGGAAUAGGGAUAGGCUAUACAGAUUUACAGUUUCAAUUUAUGAGAAAGUCCUUAUUUUUAAUAUGCAUAUAGCUGAGUCAAGAUAAAGGUGGGAAACUCUUGAUACUGAUGCCUAAAUUUCACAGUCCCACUUAGUAAAGCUAUUUCCCUCAAAUUACAGUCUAUGGUGUUAAACAAUCUUAUUUAAGAUGUAUUGCUUUAUUUUUCAAUUAAAAAUGGUUUUCUCCUA